AGAGAUCAGAUUAGAUGGCUUGUGUUGCUUUAACUUCUCUCAUUUCCACCAUUGAGCUUGAAUUUCUGAAACCCACCUCGAGGGUGAGGGAGUCUCUCCGUGAUCAUGAUCGAUCACAAAUCAUAUCUUUCCUUGCAAACCUUUCUUCUUUCCAAGCCUUUCUCCAGAAGAAGAAGAAACCCAGUGGUGAUGAUGGUGGUGCACUCAGAGAUUUGGAAAUCAAAAUCAGAGACUUUGCACUCGAAACAGAAGAUGCCAUCGUGUAUCGAGAAAAUGAUCCCCAUCAACUCGGUCAAACUUUGCGUGAAGCUGCAAAAAAUGCAACAGAUCUGUUGAAGAUUCUAACCGGGGAAAGAGUGUCGUAUGUAAGUGAUAGAGAGAUGGCUAGUGCUGCUUUAACUAUUCUCAUUGCAAAAUUUAAGUAUUACUAUUUGCAAACCUACCCACCAGUGUAUGUUCGUGAUAAAGCAACAAUGAUAUAUUUCUUAGCAAACCUUUAUUCUCUGCAAGUCUGCUUAAUGCAGAUGAAAUCCAAUGAUGGUGCUGCAAUCAUAAUCAGAAGCUUUACACUCAAAGCUGUAAAUGACAUCGAAAUACAGCUAAAAACAUUAGUUGUAGGGAAACCUGCUGAGCGUGAAAGAAAAGCUUCCCAGAGACUCCAUCAAACCUUGCAAGAAGCAGCUGAAAUUGCAGCAAAGUUGUUGAAGAUUAUCCACGAAGAAGAACAGCAUGAGAGAAAUAGGGUGAUGACUUGUGGAAUCAAAUCCACUUUAUUGGAACAUUCUUCUCUGCAAGUCUUUCUGAGAUUAAAUACUUUCAUGACAAAAUUUUAUUAUGACUUUUUGCAUUCCACCCCUAUAGUGCCUCUUGAUGAUGAAGCAGCAAUGAUAUCUUUCUUCCAAAACCUUUCUUCUUUGCAAGACUACUUGCUACAGAAGGAGUCUAGUGGUGGUGGUGGUGGUGCUACAAUCAAUGAUUUGGAAACUGAAAUCAUAUGCUUUGUAAUCAAGGUAGCAGAUGACAUUGAAACACAAGUACAAAAUUUAGUUCAGGCCAAGCAUGACACUGAAUAUCAAGAACAAGCUUCCCAGCUAAAUCAAACCUUGCAAGAAGCAGCUGAAACUGUAGCAGAGUUGUUAAUGAGUAUCAACAGUGAAAAAGAGUGUAAAACUGAGGUAGAGAUAGCUUGUGUUGCUUUAAGUAGUCUCAUGGGAACAAUUGAAGAGUUUCUAUAUGCUGAAGUAGAAACGAAAUCUUUCCUGAAGUCUCCUCAUGAUAAAGCAGGAAUCAAAUCUAAUUUAUUGGGAAAGCUCUUUUCUUUGCAAGUCUUUCUGCAGAAGGAAUCAAAUGGUGGAGGUGCUACAAUGAAAUAUUUGGAAACUAAAAUCAAAGACUUUACACUCAAAGCUAAAGAUGACAUCAAAAUACAACUGUACAAUUUUCUUCAGGCCAAAGACACAGAGUAUGAAGAAAAAGUUUCCCAGGAACUCCAUCACACCAUGCAAGAAGCAGCAGAAAGCGCAGCAGAGUUGUUGAUGAUAAUCAACAGUAGAAGCAAUGAAGUUGAUGACACAAAUGAAACUCAACCUUCCAAUACUUGGUUAAAACAUGCCUCCAGGUCUGCGAAUGUUGAGUCUGAUGGAUCCUCGCAUGGCCUUCUAAUGCAUGGGGGCAGAAUGGUUGGUCGUCACCAUGAUUGUAGAGUGAUAAAGGACCAACUAUUUAGUUCUGAAGAACUAAAGGUAAUCUCAAUUGUUGGAAUGGUGGGUAUUGGAAAGACUACUGUAGCAAAAAAUGUCUAUGAAGAUCCAUCAGUUGCAUCACAUUUUGAUGUAAGAGGUUGGGUUACUAUACCUCAAGACUACGAUAAGAGCCGAAUGCUAAGCGACCUUCUUCAGUCAAUUACGCCAGCAGAGCGAAAUGUAAUUAAAAAGAGAGGCACUCCAGAUGAACUAGAAAUGCAGGUACGUGAAUGCUUACGUCGUUGGAGGUAUUUAAUUGUUUUGGACAACAUUUUAAGCAAGCAAGCUUGGACUGACAUCAUACAGUGCCUUCCUGAUUACUAUCGUGGAAGUUGCAUAUUACUAACCACUAGUCACCUCAACCGAUAUAACUACCGACACAAGUAUAUCCAUAACAUGACUUUGCUAGAUCCAAAAGAAAGCUGGGAACUAUUUUGUAAUAUCCUUUCUAUUGAAGAGCACUUGGCCCCUAAGUUUGAAAAAAUUAGGAACCGUGUUGUGGAGAAAUGUGAUGGAUUACCACAAUUAAUUGUUGAAGUUGCAAAGCGUUUAUCUAAAUGCAACAACAUACAACAAGGGUGGAAAAAGAUUGAAAAGGAAUUAGAGUCAUUGGGACUUCUAGAUCGCAAUGCACUUAGUGUUAGUUACAAUAUGUUGCCACAUCAUUUGAAAGUUUGCUUUCUAUACUUUGGAGUCUUCCCAAAACGUAAAAAAAUUCUGGUUAAAAUGCUUAUAAGGUUGUGGAUUGCUGAGGGAUUUGUGGAGCCAUUGAAACAUGAGUUAGAAGAUCAAGCUUAUGAGUACUUACAAGAGCUUAUUGAUAGAAGCCUUCUCUUAAUUGAAGAUCGAAGUUGUAACGGCAAAAUCAAGACUUGUAGAACGCACAGUGCCUUACAUAGCUUCUGCGUAGGAGAAGCUCAGAAAGGAGGUAUUUUAUGUGCAGUAAAUACUCAACAACAUUCAGGAUUGCCAAUAAAAGCAUUCGCAAAUUCCUGUCGUUGGCUAAGUUUUUACUCCCACAGUUUUGACUAUUAUGUGCUCUUUGGUAUAAACAUCCCUCGCUCCAUUUUCUUCUUUCAUGAAAAUCUUGAAAUGUUUGUUCCUCCUAAGCUGUUGAGAGUUUUGGCUUUUGAUACUUCUUUAUCACUUCAAAGAGUGCCAGUGCAGUUAGGAGGUUUAGUUUUUCUGAGAUACCUAUCCAUAACGCAAUGGUUUGAGGAUCUGGAUCAUGUAGUGUCAAAUAAUCCAAAUUUAGAGACACUUGUUGUUUCCGGUAAUGGAGCACCAACAGUCCAUUUGCCAUCUAGUAUUUGGAAACCACCAAACUUAAGGCAUCUCGAACUUGGCAAUUCAUAUAUGGUAGAUCCUCCAAGUGCAAAUAAAACGAAUUUACAAACAUUAUCUUGGGUGUUGAGACCACUUCAUUGCAGAAGACAGCUGUACAGCAAGUUCCCUAAGAUAAAAAAUCUGAAAAUUUUGCUGAAGGAUGACAUAGAGCCCAGUCACAUUGGAGGAUGUUGCAGCAAUCCUAUUAUUUUGGAUCAUUUUGACUAUUUGAAAGCGGUUGAGAAGCUUAGCAUUUCAGUUUCUAUUGGUUGCAAUGCAGCCCUUCCAGAACAGUGUAUGUAUCCUUCAGGACUGAAGAAGUUGAAGUUGAGUGGGACUAAUAUUUCUGAGAGGGAUUUAAAUGUAAUUGCCAUGCUACCCCAGCUUAAGGUGCUCAAGUUGGAAAAUGCCUUCCAUGGAACAGUAUGGGAAGUAGCUGAAGGAGGAUUUCGUCAAUUAAUAUUCUUGCUCCUUGAAGCUAAAGAACUCAAGCAGUUGGUAGCUAACUUCCGUGAUCACUUUAGGGAGCUGCGACGCUUAGUCUUAAGAUCUUGUAAUUGUUUGGAACAGAUGCCAAAGGAUUUUACAGGUAAGUUGGAGUCAAUUGAGUUGAAGGGGUGUCACUCUUCCCUUGUUGCUUCUGCCAUGCAGUUACAACAGAAGAGAAGAUCCAAGGAUCUUGAGAUCAAAAUUUUGGACCCGAAAUAUGAUGAAUCACAGAAUACACAUAGAAGUGUCUAUAGUAUCCAGAAGUUGGUAAUAGAUGGUACUAAAACAUGGGCUCAAGAGCUUUCCGUCAAAAACACAGUGAUUGACGUUUUAUCACCAAACAUAGUGAAACAGAUCUAAUGUUUGAUGUUUCGUCUUUUUGAAGAAAUCAUGUUGGUGACUGGGUGCCAAGCAGAUUGGUAUAUGCUAAUUUAAUGCCAUUUUGAAAAAUUGUCAAUCUAGGAAGCUGCUAGUCUCAAGUAUUGAAGAUCUAGAGUGUAAACAGGGUAGUGAGGAGAGUUUGAAAAGGUUUACCAGUGACUUGGAGAACGGCUUCUAUGGAAAAGUAUGGAAGAGUUGCUUUAGUGUUUAAUAGAAAUUUUUAGCCUGCCGUCAAUUAAGUUGGAUCAGUGUGGCCCUUCUGUUGUUGCUUUUGCUAAGCAGAUUUGAGACUGGCAAGUUGAAAUGGGAAAUUGCAAUUUUGAGGUUAGACGCUACAACAUGUGAUCCAUUCUCAAUUAUAUAAUUGAAGGUUACAAAUGAUAAUUGCUCUUGAUUGACAAACAAAGUUUUAAUGGAAAAAUCAAGACUUGAAGAAUGCAUAGUGAUUUGCAUAGCUUGUGUAGGAAAAGCUCAGAAAGAAGGUCAAAAUCCCGGGCACUAUAUAUGAUGAAUCACAGAGUACAGAUACACAAGUGUCUGCAAAAGAAGACAUACCCUCUUGGAGUGAAUUACUGUUAACGUACUGUUGUUACAAAUGAUACAUGGGCUCCUGCUUUCAAAUCCUGUAGUCUGUUUUCAGGUCAAAAUCCCGGGCACUGUAUAUGAUGAAUCACAGAGUACAGAAGAAGACAUAGCCAGCCUGCCUCACCCUCUCAGAGUGAAUUACUGUUAACGUACUGUUGUUACAAAUGAUACAUGGGCUCCUGCUUUCAAAUCGUGUAGUCUGUUAUCAGCUUCUUGUCGAGGAAGCGGGAAGCUGCUAGUGCUCAAGUAUUGAAGAUCUACAGCUUCUCCUCUCUACAGACAAAUAGUUUCUCAUUUGCAGGUGGUUAAGAUGAUUUGGAGCCCUAUGUCACUUGUAGAUCGGGAAGGGCUGCAUCCAUUACGAUGAAUAAUGUUUGAGAUUAAAAUCAUCAGGCUUGAAUGAGGAAUCACCGUAUCCACAUGUAGAAGACGACUUGACCAAGCUCACAGUGAAUUUACUGCUUUUUGAAAAAUGGGCAUUAAGGAUAAACUUCCUCAAUCCCAGAUAAUAGAAAGAUGCAGUAUGAUGAGACCCGGUUUUGUGAAUAUAGUACUCCCAAUUAAGCAAGGCAAUGGAUAGCUGAAUAGUUACUAUGUUUGGUCAAGAUGCUAUUGCAGAGUAUCCAACAUAUGCUAAUAGAUGGUGUUGAAACACAAGCUAAGAUGCUUCCUGUCAUUGGUGAAACCCCCUCUUGCCAGUAUGCUUGAGUUAACUAAUUUUGAUGGUUUUCAAAGGAUUCAUCUUGGUGGUUGUAGCUGGCAAGUUUAUCAUCCAUCUGGUGCCUUUAUGAGAUGAUCAUACGAGUAUAUGAUUUUACAUCUAGCUUUCUUUUCUAUUUUUCAAUUGAUUUUUGUUUGCAGAUUGGUGUGGCGAUUGAAUAUGUUGCAGAAAAUUUUCAAUUCAUGAUUAUCAAGAUUUUUUGCUAUCUAAAAA